UCUCUUAGGAGUCACACAGAAGCUGUGCUUCCUUCACUACAUUUUACUUCUUAGGGCCGGCUUUUAUCUUUUUCACCUCUCUGCCAUGAAAAGGUGAUGGGGUUUGUUACAAAGUAAUUCGUUAAGCCUUUAAACCUAAAGGUUUUUUUGUUUUUUUUGUUUUUUUUUUUUGGCACUUGUCAUAGCUUACUUGCUGCUGCUAUUUUCAGUGGAGGACUUCUACUGGCUGCUGGUAAAUCAACAACCCACAUCAGUAUCAAAAGAGAUUAAAAUUCAGCCAGGCAAUAAAAAGAUAUUUUUUUAGAAGAAAAAUGAAUCUGUUCCUGGAAUUGCUGCUGUUUUUAGCAAUACUAAUCUAUUCCUACUUAGAAGCUUUUCUGAAGCUUUUUAUUCCCGUGAAGAGAAAAUCUGUCUGUGGAGAGAUUGUUCUGAUUACUGGUGCUGGCCAUGGAAUAGGGAGAGCUACUGCCUGUGAGUUUGCCAAGCGUCAAAGCAGACUGGUUCUGUGGGACAUCAACAAGCAUGGUAUUGAGAGCACAGCAGCAGAAUGCAAAAGGCUGGGAGCCACUGUUCAUACCUUUGUGGUGGACUGCAGGAAAAAGGAGGAAAUCUACAGUACUGCAGAAAAGGUGAAAAAGGACAUUGGAGAUGUCUCCAUCUUGGUGAAUAAUGCUGGUGUGAUUAUAACUGCAGACCUGCUCUCAACUCAGGAUCAAGAAAUUGAAAAAAUGUUUGAAGUGAACAUUCUUGCUCAUUUCUGGACAACAAAAGCUUUUCUGCCAACAAUGAUGAACAACAACUAUGGUCAUAUUGUCACAGUGGCUUCGGCAGCAGGUCAUGCUGUAACUUCUUUCAUGCUGGCUUACUGUUCAAGCAAGUUUGCUGCAGUUGGAUUUCAUAAAGCUCUAACGGAAGAGCUGUCUACACUGGGGAAGGAUGGAAUAAAAACAUCUUGUCUUUGUCCAGUUUUUGUAAAUACUGGCUUUGUGAAAAAUCCAAGUACAAGGCUUGGAAAUGUUUUGGAAAUUGAAGAAGUUGUAAACAAACUGAUGGAGGGAAUACUGACCAAUCAGAAAAUGAUUUUUGUUCCGUCAAAUCUAAAAAUUGCCUUAUUUUUUGAAAAGUUGCUUCCAGAACGUGCCUUGGGAGUUCUGAGAAAAAUUGAUUCUAUUAAGUUUGAUGCAAUUAUUAGAAACAAACAGUGAGAAAUGAAUUGGUUCCCCUUUUACAAUUCCAUGAGUGAAAACAGAAAAAGUGCUGAUUCUAGUUCAGUUAUUCUGAUUUAGAACAAAAUGUAAGACAAAUACUUCCCAGCCCCUAUCUCCCAGUACACCUAAAGCUGUAGCCAGCAUCUGCAGUAGGAACAUAUUUGUAUAAUAUGGCAUGUUAACAGAGCAGAGAUGCAGCUCAAGAGGUCAAAAGCGCAGUUUUGACUGUACCUAAUAUUGCCUUUGUCUCCAAGCACUGAGACAGAUUAGAAAUUCCAGCAAAGCCCAUUUUUGUCAGCACAGCUCAUGAGUGUGAGGGGAUUGCCUGACUAUAUGCUAAUCAGGAUUCAUCUGUGAGCAAAAGCAUGCUAUUUCACCUGAAUUUAUCAUUUUAAGUUUCAAAAAAACUCUAAUUCACACUCACAAUUUCAUUUGCUUUCAUAGUGAGUACCUGAAGUAAUGUAGUCUUUGAAUCAGAUGUUAUCAAAUUACAUUAAUUAUCAAUUAUGCGUUAGUACAGUUGGCACAACUGAUGCAGAAUAAAUAAAAUUCUUAAAGUCGA